AUGCCCGCACAUAUUCUGCGCUGUGCCCAACGCGUGCGCCUCCAGCCCCUCGCUCGCCGACUCGCCACGGCAGCUACGCACGGCACACCGACAAACUCGUCUCUCGCGCCGUCAGCUCGGCUUCAAGGUUCUCUAAGCGCAUUCCCCAGCCGCGACGAGACUCCGUCAAUUGGCACCCGCUUCCCUGCCUCUGUUCAGCUCUCUACCUUCCUCUCUGGUCCUCGCACAGAAUCCGACGCGUUGAUCAAAGACCUCGCGACACUCGUCUCUCACCGCGGCGUGGUCUUCUUCGAGAACCAGGAUAUCACCCUGCCGCAACAAAAGGAACUGGCCUUCCGCAUGGGCAAGCUCUCCGGAAACCCCUCAACCUCCGGCCUGCACAGACAUCCGAUCUCUGAAGAUACUGGCGAGCUGGGAGGCGACACAUCCGUGAUUUCGUCCGUGGGUGGGAUUGCACUCGGAGGCAUCGUAGAGCACCAACGAGCUAGUCGCGGGUGGCAUAGCGAUAUCACGUUCGAGGCUGUCCCUGCGGAUUACUCGUUGUUGAAAAUGCAUACACUGCCUCCUGUUGGUGGCGAUACCUUGUGGUCUAGCUGCUACGAGGCCUACGACCGAUUAUCACCAUCAUUUGCCAAGUUUCUCGAAGGUCUGACCGCGCUUCACAGUGCCACAUUCUUCCUUGACCAAGCUAAGCAACUUGGCGUCAAGAUUCAAGACCCCCGAGGCUCCCCAGAAAAUACGGGCUCGGAACUCAUGUCUAUCCACCCUGUUGUCCGGACUCAUCCUGUAACGAAUUACAAGGCCCUUUUUGUCAACGAUUGCUUCACAACGCGCAUCAUGGAAUUACACGGGGAGGAGUCGGAAGCCAUCCUCGCAUAUCUCGCACGACAUGUCGCCGAAAACCAUGACUUCCAAGUGCGCUACCGCUGGGGCAAGAAUGACGUUGCCAUCUGGGAUAAUCGCGCUACGCUGCACUCCGCGACAAACGACUAUGGGAACCAGCUGCGCGAAGGCUUGCGGGUGGUCAGCAUCGGGGAGCGCCCAUACUUUGAUCCGACAUCGCUGUCGCGUCGUGAAGCGCUCGGUUCGCACUGA